GCUGGGGGGAAUGGUGUUGUUGUUAAGAUGGCGGCGCUGCAGGAGGAGCGGAGCUACGGGCUGUCCUGCGGGAGGGUCGGCGGUCGGGUUUCUGUCUUUCACGUCAAACUCACUGACAGCGCCUUGUGGGCUUUUGAGAGCUAUCAGAGCAGUCAGGCCUCCAUAAGUCUAAAGCCAGCUAUCCGAUUCCAAGGAUGCCAGGGGCAAAUCACGAUUCCCCGGCCAGACAGCACGACAGAAGUACGAACAUUCACGUUCUAUCUGUCAAAUGUUGGCAGGGAUAGUCCCCAGGGGAGUUUUGACUGCAUCCAGCAGUACAUUCAGAGUAAUGGGAAUGUCAAGCUGGACUGUCUGGGUAGCAUCCAGGAUAAAAUCACGGUUUGUGCCACUGACGACUCCUAUCAAAAGGCAAAGCAGAGCAUGGCACAGGCGGAGGAGGAAAACAAAAGCAGGAGUGCCAUUGUAAUCAAAAUGGGCAGCCGAUAUGGAGGUAAAAAGGUUCAAAUCCGUAAGCCAGCUCCUGGAGUCCCUGAUGCAGUUCCAUCCCGGAAAAGGCCAACGCCAGUAAACCUUGCUAACGCCAUCAAGAAAAGUAAUACGGGCCUUUCUCAACGACCCUUCAAAGAUAGGGUAGUGCACUUACUGGCCCUAAAGUCCUACAAGAAGCCUGAGCUCAUCCUACGGCUGCAGAAGGAUGGUUUGUCCAUUCAGGACAAGGAUUCACUAGAUGGCCUCCUGCAACAGGUGGCAAAUCUGAGUGCCAAAGAAAGCACAUACACUUUAAAAGACUGUAUGUACAAGGAGGUGCAGAAGGACUGGCCUGGCUACUCUGAAGGAGACCAGCAGCUGCUAAAAAAGCUACUUGUCCGGAAGCUGAGUCUCUCACAGAAUCCAGGAGUUGCUUCUGGAGAUGUUGCUCCUCUGAGCCCCUCCAAAGACAAUGUGAAUUCCUCUUCCCCUUUCCCUCAGAAACGACCUCCUCAUAAUCCAGAGUUUAUUGACCCUUUAGCCAACAAGAAGCCUCGAAUCUCCCACUUCACACACCGGUCCCAACCAGCUUUGAAUGGGAAGCUGAGCUCCAAUGGGAAGGAUUCCCUUGCCGCUGCCUCUCAGAUACCAUCCUUGGACAAUGUCAGUUCCAGCUCCCAUCUACCAGCAGCACAUGAACCCCUCUCAGACUCUGUUCCUGACAUCCAGCAAAGAGACUGUGUGAACCAAGAGGCCUCUGAGAGGCUUUCCCACCCUCCUCAGACACAAUGUCCUACAGAGGCCAAAAAGAACUGUAAUAACCUGCAUGGAAAACCCAAAAAGAAAUCCAAAAAGCACAAAGAGCGAGAGAAAACAAAGGAGAAGAUGGGGGAGGAAAAGAAAAUCUGCAGCUUAAUCAAGAACUCAGACUUAAUUGGCAGCACUCCUCAAGAUACUAUAGAUUUAAAUGGAACGUGCAGUAACUCCAGCAUUCCUACGUCUACAUCAGAAAUGCCAGAUUAUUUACUGAAAUACACAGCAAUCUCCUCUCAAGAGCAGCGUCAGACUUAUAAGAAUGACUUUAACUCAGAGUACAAUGAGUACAGAGAUCUACAUGCAAGGAUAGAGAGAAUAACACGAAGAUUUACACAACUGGACUCUCAGCUCAAACAGCUUUGCCAGGGUACAGAAGAUUACAAGACCAUUCAUGAUCAGAUCUUACAGGAAUAUCGCAAAAUAAAAAAAUCAAAUCCAAACUACAGUGAAGAAAAAAAACGCUGUGAAUAUCUCCACAACAAACUGGCUCACAUAAAAAAACUUAUUGCACAAUAUGACCAACAGCAAUUUCAGUCCUGGCAUUAAUGUGCUCCACUAGUUGACUUGUUAAACAUGUCUGCAACUCAUUUUUCUGCAUCUACUUGUGGAAAUAUGUUUGUUUUUUUGUUCUCAAAAUGCAAACACCAAAUACUGUACAAAUCCAAGACAACCUAUCCAGUUGGAAAGUUACUCUAUCAAACAUCUCCUUACUGUUCAUCAA